AUGUCGGCAAAAGCUUUAUCAAUCGAAUCAGACAAUGUCGCACGCGUCAUGCGAUUAGCCAAAAGUUUGACGAUGAAGGAGAUUAUUAAUGGAGCUGGCGAAGGCGCUUUUACUCGCAUGCAGCAGCGCAAGCGUGUAGAUCUCCUCCAUGCCAUAGAAAGUUCACCUGCUCUUCAAACCGCCGUGGAAGAAGCUUACGCGCAUAAACAAGAAGCCCAUGAAGGCUCACGACACGACCAAAUCAAACACGUGCGUUUUUGUGAUGAUGACUCAUCACCUGAUCCUGCAUAUGAUUCUUUCCUCCGUGAUGUUGAUGAAACGGUCAAACAGAAUUGCUUAUCCAAUUUUAUUGACUGUACAGGAAAUGAUCAAACUCACAAAGUAGUUUGUGUCAUUUGUGCGGGCGAGUUUUUCACCUCCGAAACGUCAUUGGUCAACAUCACGGAUCUUCCUAGUCAACAAUUGCUUGUCCCUAUAGAGCAAUGUCGACAUUCUGCCCAAAAAACAGUCUCUUCCAUGUUGUUGUACACGCCCUCUAUCACCAAUCAUGACAGAUUGUGUAAAGGUUAUGUCUGUUCAUCAUGCAUGCACAAUCUUCGCAGUAAUCGAAUUCCUUCUCACGCUUUGGCAAACGGUCUCUGGGUUGGCGAAAUCCCUGCUGAACUCAGUAUCCUUAGCCUCCCAGAACGUAUCCUUAUUGGUUUAUAUUAUCCAGCAGCUUUCGUUAUCAAGUUGUACCCUCAGAAAAAAGGUGCAAAGAACUGGGAUACCUCUGCUCUGAAUAGCGGCAUCCGGGGCAAUGUUUCUACCUAUCAGCUAAAUACUAAAGACAUCUGCUCCAUGAUAGAAGGCAAUUUACUCCCUCAUCAUCCCGAAAUUCUGGCUGCUACUAUUGGCGUCUCUAUCAUCGGCCCGAACAAUUUACCCGCUUGA